GGCAUGUGGGCACAUUCCAUGACAGUGCAGGAUUACCAGGAUCUUGUAGACCGCGGCUGGCGAAGGAAGUUUAUUAGGAAAACUUCAAAUAUACACAAACACAGAGAGUACAUUAUCGUGAACCUCACCUGCCUGUCACCAAGCUUCAGCUAACAUCUUGCCAGUCUUGUUCCAUCCGUACUUCUUGCUCCCGGCAGUGGCUGAAUGUGUGUUCCCCCGUUUUCUGGGUUCAGUCCCGACUCCCGUCUUGACGGUGUUUGGAGGCGGAGCCUUUCUUUGGUGGGGGAUUGAGCAUAAAGAUGGAGCCCUCGUGAAUGGGGUUAGUGCCCUCAGAGAAGAGAGCUCCUUUGUCGCUUCUCCACGUGAGAAUCCAGUGGAAAAACGAACCAGGAAGUUUGUCUUCAUGAGACACCAGGUCUGCUGCUGCCUUGAUCUUGGACGUUCAGCCUCCAAAGCUGGGAGGAGUCCAUUCUGUUGUUCAGAAGCCACUCGAUCUGUGGCAUUUUGUGAUAGCAGCCCAGGCGGAUGAGACGCUCCCCACUUCUCCCUCCACACGAUCAUUUGAAGCAGACUUCAGGUGUCGUGUCAGUAUACCCGUAAUUGAAGCGGGAAAUAUGUGUACAAGCCUGUGAUGAACCAAACGUGUUGUCCUCAGUAUACAAUAAGGUGCCGAUCUCUGCAGUUCCAGCCAUCAAAAUCUCAAAAGAAAGUUUUGAAAAAAAUGUUGAAAUUUCUGGCCAAAGGGGAAGUUUCCAAAGGACAUUGUGAGGAUGAGCCUAUGGAGCCCCCCCUGGAGGAUGCCGUUGCCGGUGACGUUGCGUUCAUCAGUAAAUUGGAUGUGCAGUGCGACCUUAAAAAGCUCGGGGACAGCCUCAAAGAGAGCUUGGAAAGGGAAGACAAGGAGAAGGGAAAGCCGGUGAAGAAGGAAGACCCCAAGGAGCUGAUCCAGGCACAGGAGAGAGGGGAGUGGGGCUCCGGGGAGCCGUCGCGCUCCGUGGAGGUGCGCUCGGCGCCUCAGCCAGGCAAAGGGGCAGAUUUGAGUAAGCCUCCCUGCCGAAAAGCAAAGGAAAUCCGGAAAGAAAGGAAGAGGCUAAAGCUGAUGCAGCAGAACCCAGCUGGGGAGCCCACGGGGGGCCAGGCUCAGCGUGGACCCAAGACUGAGCCCCACCAGCCGAGAUCACUGGAAGAUUUAAUUUUUGAAUCUUUACCAGAGAAUGCAUCACAUAAGUUAGAGGUGAGGGUGGUGAGAUCAUCUCCACCGAGUUCUCAGUUCAAAGCCACAAUGCUGGAGUCGUACCAGGUCUAUAAACGUUACCAGAUGGUUAUUCACAACCACUCACCCGAUGAGCCAACUGUCAGCCAGGUGAGGCUAGUGCCCGUGUCCUGGGAGGACGCAGAGUUCACGUCAUCCUUCAGCCAGUCACUUUCUCUGUACGUCAAGUACCAGGUGGCCGUGCACCGGGACCCGCCCGAGGAGUGUGGGAAGACCGAGUUCACAGGGUUCCUCUGCACCUCGCCCCUGGAGCCGGAGAAUCCCCCCAACGGCCCAGAUUGCGGCUAUGGCUCGUUUCACCAGCAGUACUGGCUUGACGGGAAGAUCAUCGCGGUGGGGGUGAUCGACAUCCUUCCACACUGCGUGUCGUCUGUGUACUUGUACUACGACCCCGAUUACUCCUUCCUGUCCUUGGGCGUGUACUCUGCGCUACGAGAAAUUGCUUUCACUAGGCAGCUCCAUGAAAAGGUGCCCCAGCUCAGCUACUACUACAUGGGGUUCUACAUCCACUCAUGUCCCAAGAUGAGAUACAAGGUGGGGCGUUUUCAGGUGCAGGUAGCCACCUUGUUGAGCCAGGGAUCAAACCGGGACUUGGGAAGUAGGGACCUUCAGGGUCAUUAUAGACCUUCUGAUCUCUUGUGUCCUGAGACGUAUGUCUGGGUACCCAUCGAACAGUGCCUGCCUUCCCUUGAGAACUCCAAGUACUGCCGUUUCAACCAGGACCCUGAAGCAGCGGAUGAAGGUUGCAGCAAGGACCCCGACCGGCUGCGGGUGUUCCACAAGAAAGCCAUCGUGCCUUACGGUGUAUACCGGAGACAGCAGCGGGACCCAAGCGAGGACGCGGCCGUGCGGCAGUACGCCAGCCUGGUGGGGCAGGCCUGCGCCGAGCGGAUGCUGCUGUUCCGGAGUUGAGCCUGUGGCCGCCAGACGCCGAGGCCCCGGGCCCACCCGCCAGUCUCUCCUGUUUUGACUGUUAUAUGGC